AUGGCCACCCAGCCGACGACAACGGAGAAGACCCCAGAGGAGGUGACUUCCACGCAAGCAGCAAGCAGCAUGCAUAUAGAAAUCGAGGACGUCACGCCUACAUCGCCGAACAGGCUUCACCGCAGGCUUCUGGGACGUCAUAUGCAGAUGUUAGCCAUAGGGGGUUCAAUUGGAGCCGGUUUCUUUGUUGGCUCCGGAGGUGCCCUGUUUCUUGGGGGUCCCGCAUCACUGCUCCUUGGCUUCAGCAUUACGGGGCUCUUGGUGCUUUGUACCAUUCUGGCCCUAGGCGAGCUAACAGUCAUGUAUCCUGUGAACGGAGCCUUUUACAUCUAUAUGAUUCGCUUCAUCGAUCCGGCCUGGGGUUUCACAAUAGGCUGGCAAUAUGCCAUAGGAUGGCUAAUCACUCUCCCCUUUGAGAUCAUCUCCGCCGGUUUAACCAUCAAUUACUGGCACGAGUAUAAUAUUGGAAUAUGGGUGGCAGUCUUCCUCACCGUUAUUGCUAUUGUGCAGUUCUUCGGCGUCAGAGUUGAGUUCGUCCUUGGGGUUAUCAAACUUAUUGCCGUGGCUGGGUUCAUCAUCUUUGGCAUCAUCGUAGAUUGUGGAGGAGUGCCCACCGAUGAUCGUGGGUAUAUUGGCUUCCGUUACUGGAGCGGAAAGGAUGGCAACUCUGCUUUUCGAAACGGAUUUGCAGGGUUUGCCUCAGUUUUCGUCCUGGCAGCAUUUGCUUACGGAGGGUCUGAGCUAGUCGGGCUUGCCGCUGCGGAGGCUGAAGACCCUCGCAAGUCCUUGCCCAAGGCCACCAAGCAAGUGUUCUGGCGCAUUGCGGGCGUUUAUGUUUUGUCUUCGCUGAUAAUCGGCAUCACUGUCCCUAAUAACUCUCCAGACCUACUAGGUGCCACAGGAGCAAACACUAAGGCUUCUCCAUUUGUCCUAGCAAUACAAUAUGCGGGAGUCCAGGGGUUACCUUCGGUCUUCAACGCUGUCAUCACAAUUUCCACCUUCUCUGUGGCCAACAGUUGCACCUACGGCGCAACUCGCACAUUGCAGGCUCUUGCUCAGCAUGGCAUGGCACCAAGAAUUCUCGCCUACGUUGAUGGUAAAGGGCGUCCCGUGGGACCGGUGAUCAUUCAGUUGUUAAUAGGGCUGUUGGCUUUCGUCAGCCUGUCUGCGGAGUCUGGUACGGUUUUCACCUGGCUCUUUUCGAUCUCCGGACUGGGCUUGUUAUUCCUCUGGGCGUCAAUAUGUCUCUGCCACAUACGCUUCCGACAAGCUUGGAAGGCUGCUAACCGGUCUAUCAAUGACCUUCCCUUUAAAUCGCCAAUGGGGGUAUACGGGUCAUACUUCGCUGUCAUUCUCGCGGUCAUCAUUUUGAUCAUUACCUUCUACGUUGCCCUCUGCCCGUAUGGAGGACCGCCAAACCCGACCAAUUUCUUUCAAAAUUACCUCUCAGCUCCCAUAAUCCUAACUAUCUUCGCGUUGAGAAAACUGUGGACGCGAGACUGGACAUUGGGCGUCAAGCUCAAGGACAUCGACUUGGAUGCUGACAGAAGAGGCGACGGCGGCCUCUACCGUCAGAGAGAAGAAGAGAAAGAGAAGAGGAGCUUUGGCCGGCGAAUGAUCAACGCAAUCUUCUGA